AUGGUUCAUCCCAAGCGGACUCGCAGGAACUUUUCUCUUUCUCUCAGUCUCUCUUCGUCCUCCAAGCAGGCAGGCCCUUGUCAUGACAAGAAAGGUCGUUUAUCAAAAGAUAAUGAGGCCAGUCUAAUCUCGUCUCCGCCAACCCGUACUCGUCCGCCGUCUGGUUCAGUAUCUUCUUACUCAUCUCAUACGCCACUCCUUGCUAUUCCUACUUGCGUUGCACCCUCCGAGCCCGCUGUACCCCCAACUACUAACGCGUUUGCGCCAUCUGACAAGAUGAAGUUUAUGCGGAAGGUCAGAAAGCUCAGUCGUGUGCUCGGGGAGGUACCCGUCGCGGUCGGCAUCGACGAGUCCUUCUCGGAAAGCGACACCCAUAUCGAAACCAUAUCGGAGGACCCAGUCUCGUCAAAGUCCAAUUCGCCGCUGCCUUCGCCGACGAAGUUAGGCUUUCCCUCACGGCAGAGUCUGAAACGUAGCGCGACGCUUGGCCAUCUACCAACACUCGACACACCCGGCACCCUAACAGUGCGUGCCACUUCUGUGCAGCGUAUUCGUUCAAUGGCAUCGAUGCGACCUUCUCUCGCAAUUCCCACCGCCGUUUCGCAUCCCAAGCAUUCCCCUCUGUCCCCAAUUGUGUUCUCUUUGCCUGACGGUUCACAUUCCGAGUCUAGCAGUCCAUUGUACUCCGAAUCGCUUGCGCCUUCUGUGGUCCUUGACAUCGAGAUUGAAACACCAAUCGUUGAUAUUCCCACUGCCGCACACGUACGUGACAGUUCGCCUCGGCCGUGCAAGAGCAGGCGCAAUUCGACAGCAUCGUCCGUUCUCGUGCCUGGCUCUGAGCAACUACAACCGACUCGCGCGGCGAAGCUUACGCGGCACCUCGGCGAUUCUGUGCCCCCAGACGUCCUGCUCCGCGCCGCGUCUCCAGCGCCACGUCCCCCGUCCCCCUCCUCCGCGACACCAACUCCGCCAGUUUCAGCUCUGCCGACGGUCAGUCCGAUCUUAGACAGCAACGCGCUUCCAUGCCGCACCACGUCAUUACGUCGCGGUAAGGGCAGCGGCCGGACAGAUGCCAAGCGACGACUCAGUCUCGAUUUGCGCGCGUUUGCCGAUAUGGUCGUGCCCGCACCGCUCAGGAGUCCGGGAUCACCUGGCAAUAACUCGGAGUCGUCCAGGCCAGGGCGCGCGACGUUGAAGAAGACGCGUUCUGCUUGGCUUGCUGCCAACGUGGUGCAAGAGGAAAGUGAACUAGAUGCGCAGGCCGGCGAUGCCAGGAAUUCGGAUGAGUUGGGGCUUGGUGAGCCAAUGAGUGACAAGCAACGGGCGAUGGCUGUCAAAAGGACACGGAAGAUGGUGCAGCUAUUUGGCGACACUCCUCCUGCGACACUUUACCAAAUCACAAAUACGCAGGCGACGGCGUCUGCAGAUGACAUUGCCUCCGUGGUUAUCAGCAUGACGUCGAGGAGUCGCGAUUCGCGUACCACCUUCGUGAGCGACACCAUGUCCGUGGCGCAGGCGCAUGUGCGCGACUCGAUGUCCACAGCUUCAGAGCCUAUGUCACCUGUUCCUAGUCAUAGGCCAGAUGCGCUAACUCUGCAUGAUGCUAUUGUGCUGCCGCCAGGACCAACCACAGCGGAACGAGAGUCUCCUUCGCAGUCUCUCCCACCGUCAACGGACCCGGGAGCCAGCGUCCAAUCGCUCUCUCUCUCCACCAUCUCCUCCGACCCUCCCGCACAAUCUGUCAACUCUCACACUCCUCUCACCGCUCCAGCACGCCAGUUUCAGCCUCAAUCACCAGCAACUCCACCACCCUUCUCCAACCUGUUCGUCUGGGCCCCUCCACAGCUGCCAGUUCCAACACCCGAGGAACGGCCUCCCAGCCCCUCCCAUGAACCUUCCCCCGACUUCCGCACCCGCCGGCUGCGCGCCGCGAAGCUCUCGCGUUUCUUCGGCGUCGCGCCCAAGGAUCUCGCGGAAGCCCUCCCAGCGAUGCCCUCAUACGGCAUGGGCGAGGGCUCCCACGCGAGGAGGCCACAAACUCCCGCAUAUCCAGCGGAGAUCGACUUGGCGACCGCAAUGCUCCCGCCAUAUCACAUACCCGAACGCACCCAUCCCGAGGUGGCCCACGCGCGCAAGCUCUCGACGACCGUCGAGGUUGCCGCAGAGGUGCCGAAGGGUCCGUUCCGGAUCGGGCGCCCGGGGCAGAACGUCGUGAAGGAGAUGGACAUGCGGGACGUUAUCCAGCAGCUGCGCAAGAUGAAGUGA